AUGGCUCGUGGCAAGAGACCCGCCUCCUCUACUCCCUCCGCGAGGGCAGCCAAGCAUAGACGCACCCAAACCACCGAUGCUGGACAGGCCAGUCCAAGCUCUACUCCUCUCAUCGAAUCCCAGACUGUCGGCAUGGACCCUGAGCUGCCAGAAGUCAUCAGAUCAGAACCGCAUUUUGGCAAAAGACGGCUUAGCACACAGCUGGCUCUGAAUCUCCCUCCUCUUCAUAAACUGAGUGACAUCUAUCGUUCUAUCACUGCUCGAGCACUGGAGCUUAACCUUGGAGAGUUCCUUCAGCAUAUUGGAUCGAAGCCUCUGAGGGUCGUAACUGCUUGCUCGGGGACUGAGAGUCCGUUGUUGGCCCUGGAGUUGGUACAAGACAAUCUGAGGAAGCACUUCGAUCGAGACUUCAGUUUUCGUCAUCUUUUCAGUGCAGAGAUUGUGCCUUACAAGCAGCGCUAUAUCGAUAAUAACUUUCAUCCGCGUCUGCUCUUUCGUGAUGUGACUCAACUGAAGGACCGUGUUGCUCAAACCGCUUAUGGCUCUCUCGAGAAGGUUCCCAGGAACCCAGACUUGUUAAUCGCCGGAUUCUCUUGCGUUGACUUCUCUUCACUGAACAACAAGCGCAAGACCCUCGACGACAGCGGAGAAUCCGGCGGGACAUUCUGGGGGAUCCUCGGCUACGCAAAGAGGUACAGGCCGCGAAUCGUCGUUCUGGAAAACGUACGGACGGCCCCAUGGGGAAAGAUCGCCGAGGCAUGGGGCGGCAUCGACUACUUCGCGUGCCAUGCAGAGGUAGACACCAAAGCAUACUACCUCCCACAAACCCGCGAGAGAGGGUACAUGCUCUGCAUUGACAGGCAGCGGAUGCGAGAGCACGGUCUGGAGGAAACGGCCAUGGCGGACUGGGUCAAGAUCCUGUCUCAGUUCAAGCGCCCUGCGAGCUCACCGGCCGGUAUGUUCCUGAUGGACCCUGACGAUCGUAGACUGGAGCAGAUAGAGAACGAUAUGGCGACGCGGCUAGCGUCGCAUACCGUCUACAGCUGGGAGCGAUACCAAGUCAGGCACCAGAACUACCGCAUGAACAUGGGCCUGGGACACCGUCGCCCGUUCACUCGCUCGCAGGAGGACGGAUCUUCUCAGAUGCCGGAUUUCACCUGGCAACCUUGGCUCCGGAGUAUGCCAGAGCGAGUCUGGGAUACGCUUGACGCCAAUUUCCUUCGCAAGCUCGUGGAAGGCUAUGACAUGAACCACAAAGAGCGUUGCAUCGAGUUAUCUCAGGGCAUCGACCGAGAGGUUGACACUCGGGCGUACGGUAUAGUGGGCUGUAUCACUCCCUCCGGCAUUCCAUAUUUGACCACCAGAGGUGGCCCUCUCUGUGGACUUGAGUCCCUUUCUCUUCAGGGAUUACCGUUGGAUAGGUUGAUACUUGCCCGCGAAACCCAAGCGGAACUUCAACAACUCGCUGGAAAUGCGAUGAGUUCGACUGUCGUCGGCGCUGCUAUCCUCUCUGCCCUUAUUGUGGGCCACAAAGUACUCGAUAAAGGUAGCCAGCAGCCUCGUCCGAAGAAAGAAGUUCCGAAGCACAAACGGUUUGAGCUGUGUCACGAUCAUGAACUCGUUUCCGGCAGUAUUAAUGUCGACGAAACGGCCGAUGUAACCAUCUCUGAUAUCCAAGCUCAAGCCGCAAGUAGUGCGAGAUACUGUGUGUGCGAACGUCAAACUGCCAUAAAGCGCGAUAUAUUUCGAUGCAAGCUCUGUGGUCACACCGCUUGCUCAGACUGUGCCGGUAACCCGACUCAUGAUUAUCAGCGUGCUUCUGAACUGGUGCGUACCCAGCCGUUAGAUUUCGUCAGCCGACUCCGAAGCUCUCUCCCCGCUCGACUGAUUAUAUCUGGCAUUUCACAAGAAUGUUAUAAUGUCUUCAAGGCGGACAUAUCGAUCGAUUGUCCCUCUAGUGUCUGGAAGAAAUUCUUAGACGCUGUAGCUCUAUUAAUGAGCGACGAGUUCCGUUUUGUCGACAUCAAAAGAAGUUCAGUGUGGACGGUCACCUAUGAGGGUAAGCAUGGAGUUAUAAGUCUUGUUGUCAGUGAUUCUUGGUCGUCUUGGUCGCUCCAUGCAAAGCCCUCAGAGGAUGAACCUGUCGUCUGUCUCAUUCGCGAAAUUUUCUCAAAACCGAUUGCACGCAUGACUCCCGAGCCCAAUUCCCUUUUGGAAGGCGAAUGGGAGAUUCUCUCGCCUAUCAGUUCAAAGUGUGCGCUCACUUUUUCGGGAACUGGACAUCGCGUGGAAUCUUUUGAAGCUAAAUGUGGCAUUCAAGUGAAAGGCUUCCCUGAAUCCAAAGUAUGGACACAAAUCGCGGUCGAUGGCUCUGGUGAUGAUAUCGAAAGUUUUGGAAUAGCCAUCCGAGGAACAUAUGAUCUUCUUCCUCACUGCGGAACGGCGAAUGGUUGUUUGCAUAAGAAACCGGCCGUUGGAAAUUCUCCUGCAGUCUACUUCUUUUUGGAUCCCUCAAAGCUUGAUGAGCCAAUGUACGACUCAUUUGUCUUUUCUUUGGAGCAUGAACGGACUCUUGGAUAUGCACCUCGUUCGACUAUCGCAGAAGUUUCUCAUAAGUGGCGGUCUUCAGGUCUGGGUCCGGAGCCAGAGUAUACCAACGUGUACUAUCGUAAGUCUAUCAAGCUUCAAGCGGUCACGUUGGCUUCCUGUGUUCCCGAUGUUCCCAUCAUUUGCUCCAAUCUGAAGCCGCUCACUUCAAUGGUGAUCAGUAAUCGGGAUUGUCGUAGUGCGAAUAUCACCCUUCUCUCUUUUGAAGCACAAGCCACCACUGUCGAUUCUUUCUGGAAAAAGGGGCCAUGGGAGGUGGCUAAUCCCGUGGAAUCCCCCGCACUACUUGGAGAUGUUUCUUGGUUACUCCAAAAAGCCGUUGGUUUUUCAGCGUUCAAGGAUUGGAUCUCAGUCAACGAAGACAAAUCACCGGGCAAGUUAGGCAGCCCUGUAUGUGGAGUGUGUGUACCAGCGAAGCCCCGGAUCAUAUGGGGUCGCAACCCGAGAGGACAAAUCAAGGCAUACGAGGAUCCACACGACGCAGCUCUGUACGAACGACAGAUCAAGUUCAGACCUCCACCUUUUUUGGUAUUUCGUCAAGUCGACGAGUAUGAUACUGGACAUAUGCGCGUCACGCUCAACGUCCAGACUCUGCUGCAUCAAGCCUACGAGAAGCUCUUGAACACAAAUGUCUCUGACAACGCUUCUUUCUUCUGGCGCGUCGUGCCCAACUCUUACGACUCGAGACAUCUCGUGUUCCCCGAUUUCAAUCUCGUCAGUAACAGAAACGAUGCUCAAAGUGCUCAACCGCCUAACUUCCAACUCGAUCUGCGGCCUGAGCAGCUGCGCUCCCUCUCGUGGAUGGUUCACCGCGAGAGUGCUGAUAUUGAGCCUUUCAUCGAAGAAGAGGUAGAGGAGGCCCUCCUUCCUAUGCUGAUGUGGCGAGCAGAAGGCAAAGUAUGCGUCGAGAAAACCGUCCGCGGCGGUGUCCUAGCGGACGACGUUGGGUAUGGAAAAACAGCUAUCACUCUUGGACUGAUCGAUACCCAGCACAGCCAGCAGACCGAAAUAGAGCCCGUAGAUGGCCUCAUCCCCACAAAUGCCACUCUCAUCGUCGUGCCCAAGAUCAUGAUCAAACAGUGGCAGUCCGAGAUCACGAAGUUCCUCAAGGAUACGUAUGGUGUGCUGGUGAUCGACGGACUAGCGGCAUUGGGAAGAAAGACUGUUCGAGAUAUUCAGCAGGCAGAUAUCGUGCUAGCCUCUUGGGCUGUCUUUAACAGCUUGAAUCAUUAUGAGAAAUUGCAGCAGUUCACCGGCAUGCCGCGAGUCCCGCCAAAGGCAGGCCGCAAUUUUGACGAUUGGUUUGUUAAAGCACACGCGGUGAUGAUGGAACAGAUACAGCUCCUGGUGGAUCACGGCCCCAGCGCAGUGCUUGAGUCGAUCCAACUUAGACGCCAGGAAGUCAAGGACAAUGAAGCUAAUUCCACAUAUAUCCCGUCCAAGAGGCUUAAGGGAGACCAAUAUGCAGACAUUCGCAAAGGCCAAGAUUCUAGCACCGAAGCGGGAACACAUCACGCCGAGUCAUCAUGUGAGGAUGAGCAGUCGGAUUCUAGCGAAGAGGAGGAAGAUCCCGAAGAAAUUCGGGCCAGGGUCGAUAGACUCCUGAAACUCCAGCCUAGGACAAUCGACCCCACGACCUUGAAAAAGGAACAGGAUGACGAUAGUGAUUCAGGAGAUAGCGAGGAUGAAGAACCUCCGACGGCAUUACGCUCUGGGAAAACACAAGGCUCUGGUAAAAGGGGCCAAGGUGUGAAGCGCAAACGUACACUCGUUAAGAUGGCCAAAGUCUGGGAUGAUAGAAAAGAGUUCGGCAUAAAUAACACCACUCAACAAAAUUGGACGAUGGUCAAGCUUCCCCUUCUCCAUGCAUUCUCAUUCAAUCGACUUGUUAUUGAUGAGUUCACUUUUGCGAACCCCGAACGACUGGUGCCUCUUCUCAAGCUUCAGGCUCGUUCGAAAUGGGUUCUAUCUGGCACACCGCCGCUGAACGACUUUGCUGAUGUCAAUACGAUUGCACCCUUCUUGGGCAUCCAUCUCGGUAUCGACGACGACGAUAUUCAGUCACAAAACGCACGACUUAAGAUGAUCCGUAAGCAGCGAUCAGAAGCAGAAUCUUUCCAGGCGCUCCGGGCCCCUCGGAGUGAGGAAUGGCAUCGUCGACGACACGAUAUUGCACAGAGAUUCUUGGACGAGUUCACUCGUAAGAAUGUCGCAGAGAUUGAUGAGAUUCCGUCAUCAGAACAUAUAAUUCUCAUCCAGCAAUCACCUGUCGAGACAGCGAUCUAUCUUGAGUUGUGCAAGCAGUUGAUGACAUACAACCGUUUGGGUCGUCGAGGUGGCAGAAAGGGUAUCAGGGGUGAUAAAGAAGAUAGACUGGAUGAAGUGAUUGGAAGCAGCAAAACAAGUGAAGAAGCCCUUCUCAAACGGUGUUCAUCUCUCGCUUUGCAGGGUCGCUGGCACAAUGGUGUACCUGAAGCUCUCACCUGCAGCUCCCUGAUUGAGACUCGAUUGAAACAGCUCGAGUGCCUCAAGGAAGAACUCAUGCAGAAGUUCAAGCAAGCUGCGUGGGUAUACUGUGCUUGCGACUUGAGACAUGAAAAGUUCCACGAAUUCAUUGAGAGCAUAAAGGCGCACGACUUUGGUGACAAGACUGUGACGGAAAAGAUAUAUCCACUCAUUAAGAGUGCAAUGCUCACUUCAAAGACAGAUGACUGGAGGCUAUUCUUUUCUGAUCCAGCACAAGUCGCUGAGGACUUAUCUGAUGCAGAAAUACAGAAUGAGACUGGGCUGAAAGAGGAUAAUGACGAUGCCGGAGAAGAGGCUAGCGGACAAGCUUCAAAGCAUAGUACAAAGGGUGCAAGGACUGUUAAGCAAGGUGGGAAGAAAGAAAAAGCACCAGAACUCCCAGUCAAACCAACCUACAUCAGCGAGUUCAAGCUCACGCUGCGAACAGUCACGAGUAAUCUUCGAAAGCUGAUCCUUGAGUGGGUGGCACGGGAAAGAGCGCUCAGGUUCUUAGAGGCACUACACCUUGUUCAGACAGGGUCAGAGAUUGCUACGGUUCAGAAAGAAGAGUGCAACGUGGAAGGCUGCCGGGGCUCAGGAAAAGAAUUCAAUAUCAUGGACGCGUCUACUCUUAUGCGCGAUGAGAAGGACAGAAUCACCAGAUACGGCGGCAGCAAACUGGACAAGAUGAUCGAAAUCAUCCAGGUAGUGCCCACAGGCGAUCGAGUCCUCCUCUUCAUCCAGUUCCCUGAGCUUAUAGAUAUCGCAUCCAAAGCUCUAGAACUGGCAAAGAUCAAGUACACUUCAAUCAUAGCAACUGACCGCAGGGCAGCACAGAAGGUCCAGAACUUUCAGGAAGCCGGCGGCUUUGGUGAAAACCAAGUGUUGAUUCUGAACUUGGGCAGCGAGAUGGCCGCUGGGUUAAACCUUCAGUGUGCAAACCACGUUAUAUUUCUCUCACCUAUGUUUGCUCAGACCCAGUACGACUAUGAUUCGUCGAUGACCCAAGCUAUCGGACGAGCCAGACGAUAUGGUCAGACCAAGCACGUCUACAUAUAUCAUCUGUUGGCAAGGAUGACAAUCGACACUACCCUCUUCCAAGACUGUCAUGGGAAAGUGCUGGUCGAGAGGGAUGGCGAGGUCACCCUCGCUGCGAGGGAGGAAGUUGAGGAGUGGGAGGUGGUGAAAGGAGAAGUGAUGUCUGUUGUGGUAGACAACGCGUUCUAA